GAGCCUCACGCUUCGGCCAGUAGGAUUCGGUGGGCGCGAGGCGGCGGAGCUCGCGGCCCGAGGUGGAGCGAGCAGAGAGACGAAAGCGAACGAAAGUCGGAGGGCCGGGAGUACCCAGCGAAAACAACGCAGACAGGCGACAGAGACACCUCCCAGCAUCAGAGAGCUACAAGCCCCUGGGCUGGAAGCGAGGGCGUGGCCGCCGGUUAGUUUGAGGCAGUUUUCGGGCAGUUCCUUCAUAUUUUUCCCUGCCGUGUUUGCGACGGGAGGGAGGAGGGAGUGCACACGGCGGCCAUCUUUGGGACCUGUCUGUGCCUGGAAAGCGAGCUACUGGGCCCCUUUUGGCCCUGGAGAGGACUCCCUACAUCGUGUGACAACACACAUCAGCAGCCCCUAACCGAAUCGGUAUCUGGGCAGUGGGACAGGGGAGGACACUUUCAAACGGAGUCGUUUAAUCGGGCGCUGCGAUUUACCCCCAGCUUCUCUUUAAAUCCGGCCUGUUGGACGGGUGCCCAUGCGUACAGCGCCGUCCUGUUGCAGAUGAGCCAGCACCGGGGGCUUUUGCAGCUCAGUCGCAGUCGCAGGCCCAGAUAAUCGCCGGCGGCGGCGGCAGAGCUCUCCCAGCAUGCCCACCAACAGCCGGGCAGGGAGCCUGAAGGACCCCGAAAUCGCCGAUCUCUUCUUCAAGGAGGACCCCGAGAAGCUCUUCACCGACCUGCGUGAGAUCGGUCAUGGCAGCUUCGGAGCUGUCUACUUCGCACGGGAUGUGCGGACCGCGGAAGUGGUGGCCAUCAAGAAGAUGUCCUAUAGCGGGAAGCAGUCCAAUGAGAAAUGGCAGGACAUCAUCAAAGAGGUGAAGUUCCUACAGAGGAUACAGCACCCCAACAGCAUUGAGUACAAGGGCUGCUACCUACGCGAGCACACCGCCUGGCUGGUCAUGGAGUAUUGCCUGGGUUCUGCUUCCGAUCUCCUGGAAGUGCAUAAGAAGCCGCUACAGGAACUGGAGAUUGCAGCCAUUACCCAUGGUGCACUGCAGGGCCUGGCUUACCUUCAUUCCCACAACAUGAUACACAGGGACAUCAAGGCUGGGAACAUCCUGCUGACGGAACCCGGACAGGUGAAGCUGGCAGAUUUCGGCUCUGCUUCCAUCGCCUCCCCCGCCAACUCCUUUGUGGGGACGCCAUAUUGGAUGGCCCCAGAGGUGAUACUGGCCAUGGACGAGGGUCAGUACGACGGCAAGGUGGAUGUGUGGUCACUGGGAAUCACCUGCAUCGAGUUAGCGGAGAGGAAGCCCCCCCUAUUCAACAUGAACGCGAUGAGUGCCUUAUACCACAUAGCGCAGAACGAGAGCCCCUCGCUGCAGUCGAGUGAAUGGUCGGAUUACUUUAGAAACUUUGUAGAUUCUUGCCUUCAGAAAAUCCCUCAAGACAGGCCGCACUCAGAGGAGCUCUUAAAGCAUGCCUUUCUCCUGCGGGAGCGGCCCGAGUCGGUGCUGAUGGACCUGAUACAGAGGACGAAGGAUGCCGUCCGAGAAUUGGACAACCUGCAGUACCGCAAGAUGAAGAAGAUCCUGUUCCAGGAGGCUCCCAACGGGCCUGUGGCAGAGCCCCCUGACGGAGAGGAGGAGCCAGAGCACGGAGCGGGCCGUACGGGCACCGUGAGCAGCGUGGGCAGCAACCAGUCCAUCCCCAGCAUGUCCAUCAGCGCCAGCUCCCAGAGCAGCUCCGUCAACAGCCUGCCGGACGCAGCCGGUGCUGCCGACGACCACAGCGAGUCGGAGCUCAUGGAGGGCGACCACACCGUCAUGUCCAACAGCUCCGUCAUCCACCUCAAACCGGAGGAAGAGGAGUGUUACCAUGACGAGCAGGAGCCGCGCAGCCGCCCCACAGAGCCACCGGCGGCCCCCAUGCAGGUGCCUCGGCAGAAGCCGUACCGAAACCGGGAGCACUUCGCCACCAUCCGGACCGCCUCUCUGGUGACGCGGCAGGCCCAGGAGCACGAGCAGGACUCGGAGCUGCGGGAGCAGAUGUCGGGAUACAAGCGCAUGCGGCGGCAGCACCAGAAGCAGCUGAUGGCGCUAGAGAACAAGCUAAAGGCCGAGAUGGACGAGCACCGGCUGAGGCUGGACAAGGAGCUGGAGACACAGAGGAGCAGCUUUGCUGCAGAGAUGGAGAAGCUGCUCAAGAAGCACCAGGCCUCCAUGGAGAAAGAUGCUAAGACCUUUGCGAGUGAUGAGAAGAAGUUCCAGCAGCACAUCCAGAGCCAGCAGAAGAAAGAACACAGCAGCUUCCUGGAGUCGCAAAAACGAGAGUACAAGCUGCGCAAGGAGCAACUGAAGGAGGAGCUGAGCGAGAACCAGUCUACGCCCAAGAAGGAGAAGCAGGAGUGGAUGUCCAAGCAGAAGGAGAACUUCCAGCACUUUCAAGCUGAGGAGGAGGCCAACCUGCUGAGGAGGCAGCGUCAAUACCUGGAGCUGGAGUGCCGGCGCUUCAAGAGGCGCGUGCUGAUCGCACGACAUAACGUGGAGCAGGACCUGGUGCGCGAGGAGCUGAACAAGCGUCAGACGCAGAAGGACCUGGAGCAUGCCAUGCUGCUGCGGCACCACGAGUCCAUGCAGGAGCUGGAGUUCCGGCAGCUGGGUGCCAUCCAGAGGAUGCGGGCGGAUCUGAUCCGCGUGCAGCACCAGACCGAGCUCACCAACCAGAUGGAGUACAACAAGCGGCGGGAACGCGAGCUGCGCAGGAAGCACGUCAUGGAGGUGCGGCAGCAGCCCAAGAGUCUCAAGUCCAAAGAACUGCAGAUCAAGCGGCAGUUCCAGGACACCUGUAAGAUCCAGACGCGGCAGUACAAGGCGCUGAGGAACCACCUGCUGGAGAGCACGCCCAAGUCGGAGCACAAGGCCGUCCUCAAGCGGCUGAAGGAGGAGCAGACGCGCAAGCUGGCCAUCCUGGCCGAGCAGUACGACCACUCCAUCAACGACAUGCUGUCCACGCAGGCGCUGCGAUUGGAUGAGGCACAGGAGGAGGAGUGCCAGGUGCUGAGGAUGCAGCUGCAGCAGGAGCUGGAGCUGCUGAAUGCCUACCAGAGCAAGAUCAAGAUGCAGACGGACGCGCAGCACGAGCGGGAGAGGAAGGAGCUGGAGCAGAGGGUGUCGCUGCGCCGGGCAUUGCUGGAGCAGAAGAUCGAGGAGGAGAUGCUGGCCCUGCAGAAUGAGCGAUCGGAGCGCAUCCGCAGCCUGCUGGAGCGCCAGGCCCGCGAGAUCGAGGCCUUUGACUCAGAGAGCAUGCGCCUGGGCUUCAGCAACAUGGUGCUGUCCAGUAUCUCCUCAGAGGCGUUCAGCCACAGCUUCCCGGGGGCCUCAGGUGGCUGGGGCCCCCACCAGCACCCCGGGGGUCCCCCACAGGGGCAGCACUGGGGGCCAGGUGGGGGUGGCGGCAGCGGUGGCGGGUCGAGCCGCAGCAGUAGCAGCAGCGGCCAUCACCAUCACCAUCACCACCACCAUCACCACCAACACUCCAGUCAGGGUGGAGGGGCCCCGCCACAACAGGCCUGGGGCCAAGGGAGCGGGGUCGUGGCUGGCGGCUUGGGGGGUCCUCCGCCCUGGGGACAUCCCUCAGCGGGGCCUUUGGGGGCGGGGCCGCGGUCUGUGGGAGGGGGCGUGCGGAACAGCCCCCAGGCAUUGCGUAGGACGCCCUCUGGGGGGCGCAGUGAGCAGGGAAUGAGCAGGAGCACCAGCAUCACCUCGCAGAUAUCCAACGGCUCACACCUGUCCUUCACAUAGGUGAGCCCCCCACAAAGCAGAGCCAGGGUAGGGCCCCCCCUCCUUAACCCCCCCC